GCUGAUCCAAGUCGUGUUUCGAAGCGACGGCCCAGAUUGAUGAGCACUAACCUUUUGCGCAAGACAAAACGAGAGAGAGAGAGAGAUACAAGAACACACCUGCUGCUACAAAGACUAUCUCCGAUUCCCUACUGCUCAAGAUCUACCCAAUCAGUGUGAUACCAAAUGUCUCGAAGGUAUGACAGCCGCACGACGAUCUUCUCUCCUGAAGGUCGUCUCUACCAAGUUGAGUAUGCUAUGGAGGCCAUUGGAAAUGCAGGGACUGCAAUUGGGAUAUUGUCGAAAGAUGGAGUUGUGUUGGUAGGUGAAAAGAAGGUGACUUCCAAGCUCCUUCAGACCUCUACAUCAACAGAGAAGAUGUACAAGAUUGAUGACCAUGUUGCAUGUGCCGUGGCUGGGAUAAUGUCUGAUGCCAACAUCCUGAUCAACACAGCCAGGGUUCAAGCACAGCGCUACACAUUUGCUUACCAAGAGCCAAUGCCAGUUGAGCAACUAGUCCAGUCUCUCUGUGACACAAAACAAGGCUACACGCAGUUUGGUGGGCUCCGUCCAUUUGGCGUUUCGUUUCUGUUUGCAGGUUGGGACAAAAACUACGGCUUUCAGCUGUACAUGAGCGACCCAAGUGGAAACUAUGGCGGCUGGAAGGCUGCAGCCAUUGGAGCGAACAACCAGGCAGCACAGUCAAUGCUGAAGCAGGACUACAAGGAUGAAAUAACAAGGGAAGAGGCGGUUGAGCUUGCACUGAAGGUGCUCAGCAAGACAAUGGACAGCACUAGUCUGACAUCCGACAAGCUUGAGUUAGCGGAAGUCUUUGUCUUGCCUUCGGGUAAAGUGAAGUACCAGGUGUGCUCGCCAGAUGCGCUGAGCAAACUGUUGGUGAAGAGUGGAGUGACUCAACCUGCCGCCGAGGCCUCUUAGGUUUCUUCGUUAUAAUGGACGUGAUUUUCAGAAUAUGAUUUGGCAUUAUAACAUUUGAAUUGUAUGUUUGAUCACUUUGUAUGACUUUCUUUCAAAACAUACGAUGGAUUUUAGCUUUGCUAUAAUUCCUUCUGAAUUCUAACAUUAAAGCUCGAUGGAA